UUUCAGUUGGGGGUUAUUCAAACUAACGUCAGCGAUGUCCGUCAAAAUUCGCGAUCUCGCGCCAUUCGCCGGCAACGCGCGUAUUCGUAUACGGACGCGUACUCGUGCCCGGUCUUCCUCGUCCACCGAGUCCUCGUUCGAUCCUGUCCUAUCACUGUCGUUCCCGCGGGGAUUCCAAGCGUUGCCUCCAGUCAACACGGCGAUUCGGGAGGACGAGGAGGAGGAAAGUAAAGAAACAAGGAACGGCCCUCGUUCUCCUCCUCCUCCUCCCUCCUCUUCCUCAGUCUCCGCUCCAGUCUCCUGUGGCGUUUACUCUACAGUCCCUAAAGAAGAAAAUGAUGAUGGAGAUUAUAACGUCGAGUACUCCAUCGCUUUGGAGUACAAAGGCCCUCUUGUCUCUCGUGAUAUUCCUCAAGCUCUACCCGUCAACAUCGACGAAAUUCCGACGGCUGCUGUUUUUUCGGCAGAAUCGAUAUCACUGGACAGGUCAUUGCCGAUCAUUCAGCCCAUUAGGAAGAGAGAUUUCAACCAGAAACUGUUAAAGGAGUUGGGAAUAACCAAGGGGGUAUUCUUUUCAGCUCGUUCAAUUGAGCCUUCAGUUGGUAAUGUGGGCUCUGGUGCUCGCUCGCUUGGCAAUGGAAACGAUACCUCCCUUAAAUCAGCAGGUGAGGUAGAUAGUUCUAGAGGUGGUGAUUGUGAGGAUGCAUGUGUUUCCGAGUCAUCUGGUUCGGUUGAGGGUGAGAAGAAUAUUUUAUCUGAAAUCUCGCAUUUGCCAAAAUUACCUGAUGAUUUUGUGGAAGCCAAUAUGCAAAUGCGAUCUGCAGAUCCCACUCCUCCCCGCCCGUCCUCGAACAAUUUCUCCCAAAGGGAGGAGGAUUCUGAUAACAAGAUGCCCCACCACGUCAAGAAACCAUCUAAUGUCACUUUCAGAGAUCCGGACUCAGAUGAUAUUUGUGAGGAAGAAUCGGUUUUUAAUGAGUCCGACAGUUUCCCCAUGAAGCAAAGAGCUGAAAAUAAUGGAAAGAAAGGGUCAUGCUACCGCUGCUUUAAAGGGAAUAAAUUCACAGAAAAAGAAGUUUGCAUUGUUUGCGAUGCAAAGUAUUGUCAGAAAUGUGUAUUAAGAGCUAUGGGAUCGAUGCCUGAAGGCAGAAAAUGCGUCACCUGCAUAGGCUUUAGGAUUGAUGAAAUGAAGCGAAGUAACUUGGGGAAAUGUUCUAGAAUGCUAAAGCGGCUCUUGCCAGAAUCAGAAAUUAAGCAAAUAAUGAGUUCUGAGGUAUUGUGCCCAGCAAAUGAAAUCCCUCCAAACCUUCUUUAUGUGAAUGGUAAGCGUCUUGAUCAUAAAGAGUUGCUUCUGCUGCGGGGCUGCCCAAAUCCUCCGAAAAAGCUAAGGCCGGGGCACUACUGGUAUGAUAAAGUGGCUGGGUUUUGGGGUAAGGAGGGGCAGAAACCAUGCCAAAUAAUCAGUGCCCAGUUAGAUGUUGGGGGUUACAUUAAACCAAAUGCUAGCAACGGAAACACAGGCGUAUUGUUUAAUAACCGGGAAAUUACGAAAGAAGAGGUUUGGAUGCUCAAGUCAGCUGGAAUUCCAUGUGAAGAAACCUCAUUUUGGGUGAGUGCAGAUGGAUGCUAUCAGGAAGAGGGGCAGAAGAAUGCUAAAGGCCGCAUAUGGGAGAAGGUAAAUUAUGACAAAGUAGUCUGCACAAUCUUGUCUUUGCCAAUUCCUGCGGAUAAUGCAAAAUCUGGUGAAGAAAAGACCAAAGGCAGCAGUUGCCAGAAUGAUCUUUAUCACAAACUGCUUCUGGUCGGCUUUGAUAAAUCUGGCACAAGCACUAUAUUCAAGCAGGCCAAGAUUCUGUAUGGUGUCUCCUUUUCUGAAGAUGAGCGUAAAAAAAUCAAGUUAAUGAUCCAGAGCAAUCUGUACUGCUAUCUGGGCAUACUGCUUGAAGGAUGUGAGAGAUUUCAAGAGGAAACCUUGAAGGGGAAGGGAAAAAGCCUGUUAAUUGACCAACCCAGUUCUUCGGAGAUAAUGUAUUCGAAGGAAACUAAGUUGACCUAUACCAUAGACUCAAGGCUUAAAGGAUUCUCGGAUCGGCUUCUCAAGGGAAUAGCAUCUGGUAAUUUAGAAGCCAUUGUUCUUUCUGCCAGUCAUGAAUGCUCACCUCAUAUUGAGGAACUGUGGAAGGAUGAAGCCAUUCAAGCCACAUACAACCGAAGGAAUGAGUUAGAAAAGCUCCCUAGAGUGGCUACAUAUUUUCUGGAGCGGGCUGUUGAGAUUUCAAAAGAAGAGUAUGAGCCCUCGGAUAUGGAUAUUCUCUACGCAGAGGGAAUCACCUCUUCUAAUGGUCUUGCAAGCAUGGAAUUUUCAUUUCCCCCGCCACCAAAAUCAGAUGGAUACACAGACCCUAUUGAUCAGCACUACAGCAAGAUGAGGUACCAACUCAUCAGGUUGCAUCCUAGAAGCCUAGGGGAAAACUGCAAGUGGUUGGAGAUGUUUGAAGAUGUUAAUAUCGUCUUGUUCUGUGUCUCAUUGACAGACUACGACCAGUUCUAUGAGGACAAUAAAGGAUUACUGAUAAACAAGAUGAUGGCAAGCAAAGAGCUUUUUGAAAGUGUCGUCAAGCAUCCGACCUUUUAUAAAAAGGACUUCCUUCUGAUUAUGAACAAGUUUGAUCUGCUCGAAGAAAAGAUUGAACAGUCUCCUAUAACUCAAUGCGAAUGGUUUUCUGAUUUCCAUCCAGUGAUCAGCCAUAACCACAAUAUUGGGACUUAUGUUAAUCCAGCUCCUUCAUUGGCACAACGUUCUUUCCACCACAUGGCAGUAAAGUUCAAACGGCUCUUCCAUUCGCUUACUGAACGCAAGCUGUAUAUUUCCCUAGUUACGGGACUUGAGCAGGAUAGUGUAGAUGAAUCUCUUAAGUAUGCGAGGGAGAUUAUGACUUGGGACAGAGAAGAUAUCACUUUCAUCAACGAGGAAUCUACUGCAAGUUUAGAGGCAAGCACCUCUUAGUUUUUUGUUUCUUUAUUUUUUUUCACUCUCACAAUCGGCGACAAUCUGGUUAUGCCUUAUUAAGAAGGCGUGGCUCCAUAGACUUUUGUCAAUGUAUACUGGCAAACAGGUAAAUGAUAUGAAGUAGCUUUGAUUUUUUAUUCCUUCUUAUGAUGCAUUCAGAAGAUGUACUCAUGUAAAUGUAGAAUGGAAUGCAUCUCUUAUUGUAAACCGUUCUCUGAAUGGAUAAAUGAAAGAACUAUUCUGGCCA